AUGACCUCAUGCAGGUUCAGUAUCUCUGACAGAUGCAUCUUCGUGGUGUUUGUCUCCUCCUGCAGUUUGCACCUCACCACCUUCUGCCUGCAGUACAGACCCACAGUUGUUGCAUGUGUCUGCAUCCAUCUGGCCUGCAAGUGGUCCAACUGGGAGAUCCCUGUGUCUACAGAUGGGAAACACUGGUGGGAGUAUGUGGACGACACCGUGACGCUGCAGCUGCUGGAUGAGCUCACCCAUGAGUUUCUUCAGAUCCUGGAGAGGACGCCCAGCAAGCUGAAGAGAAUACGAAACUGGCGGGCCAUUCAAGCUGCUAAAAAACCAAAGACAGAGGGCUCGGCGGUGGACGCUGCCUUCCAGGGAACGUCCUUAGACAGUCUUCCUUGUGUCGCCAACUCCUUCUUCCCCUCCACGUCGUCAUCAGACUCUACAGACAUGCCCACCCUGAACACUAUCACAGCCCCCUACGACUUGUAUCAGCCACUCAGCGACCAGUCCAAGGCUUGUGGCUAUGACCAGUACUCCCAGCCCCCAACCUCAGACUUCACACUGGUCAAACACAAGCACAGAGCUGCAGGCGGGUCGAGCGAACAGCAGCAGCUCGGUGUGAAUGCCGCUGCUUUUUCACGGCCGCAGAAAGUCUUGACUCUAGAAAAGUACCGAGAGAAACAAGCGGCCGAGCUGGCCCUGCAGGGCGUCAUGAAGGAGGACGUGUACGCCCCCCCCCGCCGUCUCCUCCCACCACCACAAGAAGCGCUCCCAGCAGCAGCAGGGCCACCAGUCGGGCGACGGCAGGAGAGAAAAGUCCAGCUCGAAAAAGCCUCGGGUCUCCGCCUACGCCGAGAACGGCUCCGCCACCGGCGAGGAAAUCAAAAUGCGAAUCAAAGUUUCAUCGGAGCGGCAUGGCAGCUCGGAGCAGGGCGGGACGCUGUCCGGCAAAGACAAACACAAAGAGCACAGUGGUCACCGCCACUCAAAACACGGUCACUCGUAUUCCCUCAGCUCAAACAGCACCUCCUUAUCUGUCCGAGCUCCCAGCAGCCACUACGACGGUAGCUCCUCCAGCUCGUCUCGGAAGAGGCCGCACUCCGACUCCGGGAACCACCAUCACCACUCAUCUAAGAGCAGCAGGUCCUCCAAAGGAGGCCUGAGCUUGUCCCACUACUCAGACGGCGGCCAGAGGAUGAU